AUGCAACAUUGUGAAAUGUAUUAGGUUAGUGUUGAAUUAAUUGUAACAAUUCAAUGUGAUAUUUUAGGCACCUGUUAAUUCUUUGAGUGAUAACUCCCCCUGAGUAAAAAAUGGUAGUGCCUUUGUUUUGGAACUAAUCAUUUUAUACACAUAUGCGUUUUUAUCUUCUGAAUAAAAAAAGUAAAAUGAUUUUUAGAAUGGCUUCCAAAAACAACAAACUAACAAUGUUAUAGUGAAAUACCUUCUAAGAAUUGUAUUGAACACGAACUUGUUUUAUUGCGGACACCCCUACGUAGAUCAUAAUAGUCCUUACCAGUCACUUCCUUGUUUUUCAAAAGUUUUAUUUUGAAAAGUUAGCGUCGUAUAAGUUGUAUUUUUGUGAUUUAAUGCACGCGUCCACCCUUGGCUAGCGGAGACGGCCUUUGUCUUCUCUCACGUUUCCUCGGGAUAGGACAUCAGCGUAUUGUUUCAUGCCAGUUCUGCGAAAACUCAGCUUUACGGAAUGUCCGCCACCGAAGACUUCAGGGUUAAGUUUCCACUCCAUUCUUUAGUCUGGGAAAAUGACUAUAGAAAAUUGGAAAAAGAGAUCACGAAGCACAAUAUCGAGGAGCCUGACCCUCGUGGCCGUACACCCUUGCAUCUCGCAGUGUCUUUGGGGCAUCUGGAGUCAGUAAGAGUCCUCCUGAGGCAUUGUGCCGAAGUAACCAAAGAGAACGCUAAGGGCUGGACAGUGCUGCAGGAGGCAGUGAGCACCGGGGACCCAGAGAUGGUGCAGCUGGUCCUGCAGAGGAGAGACUACCUCAAGGCCUCCACUGCCCUGGCAGGAGUCCCAGAGCUUCUGUGCAAGAUCCACGAGUCUCCUGAUUUCUACAUGGAAAUGAAGUGGGAGUUUACGAGCUGGAUCCCUCUUGUGUCCCGGAUGUGUCCGAGUGAUGUGUGCCGGAUCUGGAAAAGCGGAGCCAACCUGCGUGUUGACGUCACACUGCUCGGCUUUGAAAACAUGACAUGGAUCAGGGGCCGGAGGAGCUACAUUUUUCGGGGAGACGAUAACUGUGCGGAGCUGAUGGAGGUGAAUCAUGACGAAGAGCUGGUGGACACGGAGCGUUUUGACAUCUCCCGGGACAUGGAGGAAGUCACUCUGGACUCCAUGCAGCCAGCCGAGCAGGAAGUGGCGAAGCGCCUGACCACGCCUAUUGUCAACACCUACCUGGACACUCGGCACAUCGCCUUUGAAAGAAAUAAGUCUGGAAUCUGGGGGUGGAGGAGUGACAAGACCGAAGUUAUCAAUGGGUUUGAGGCGAAGGUUUUCACAGUGAACAAUGUCAAUGUGGUGAUUCGGACCAGGACAGAACACCUUACUGAUGAGGAGAAAACUAGAAUAAAAGAUGAAAGGAACAUUUUGGAGUCUCUUCUAGGAACUGUAGAGCAACAUUUCAGUGCACAAGGGGACCUCACUUUGGAGUUCGCAACAGCAAAUAACCCCACUGCCAUCACCCCUGAAGAGUACUUCAACCCAGACUUUGACCUCCAGGACAGAGAUAUAGGGCGGCCUAUUGAGCUCACCAUCCGAACUCAGAAGUUCAAAGCCAACCUGUGGAUGAGUGAGGAGCACCCCCUCUCCCUCGUGGAGCAGGUGACACCCAUCAUCAACCUGAUGGCCCGGACCAGCACACACUUCGCUAGGCUCAGGGACUUCAUCACCCUGAAAUUCCCCCCGGGGUUCCCAGUUAAGAUAGAAAUCCCCCUGUUCCAUGUCCUAAAUGCUCGCAUUACAUUUGGAAACCUGAACAAGUGCAGUACAGGAGAGCCACUGGAGUCUUCAUCUUCUGCUGCCUCCCCAGCACCUACUGAGGAAGACGCAAGCUCCUCGGGUCCUGUCUCUGCUCCAUUCACAGUUUGCCCCUCAGUAUUUGAUGUGCCCGCACAUUACUACAGGCGUGGAGGUAGCAGGGCGGCGCCUGUCUCGAACCACGAUGAGGAGCUGCUGCAGUUUGCCAUCCAGCAGAGCCUGCUGGAGUCGAGCAGCGUAGGAACUGGGCAGGACGUGUCGUGGGGCGACACUAACGGUGUGCUGUCUCCUGGGCAGAAUCCUAGGGUAGUCCCGGAGGGUCUCCUGGUGGACGUGUCCGGUGGAGAGAGCCCCGUCGGUUCAGGGCCCGCCAGCACUCCAGACUCGGACCUCAGGCUGGCCAUGGAACUGUCUGCUCAGGAGCAGAUAAAAGCGGAGAGGAGAAAAAAAGAGGAAGAAGAGGAGCUAGAACGGAUCCUACAGCUUUCGCUCACAGAGAAGUAACAAUGAAGAGAGAGAGAGAGACGCCCUCGCCCUCACCGCAUCCCUGUCCAGACCCUGAAGAGGUAUCCCCUACCCACGAGCCCCUUGUCUGCCACUACACAGCAGCUGCAACACAACCUUUAAGGGGAAAAAAAAGACAUUUUAAAAAAAAAGUGAAAUGUAGCAGUGGAAGAACCCACUAAAUUAACUUUUGUCAACGUGAAAAAAACUUUUUUACAUAUUUUACUUCUUUAUUGACGCUUUGUAGACCCUUUGUUCUCAACCAGUUUUCUUUGUGGUCCAUGAGCUGUGUGUAAUGUGUCAUCUGCACAUUGAGCUGGUUUUCUAAACGGCACUGGGCAAGUCAGACAAGGGAGUCGUGAAUCCUGGGAAUCGUGUGACAUAGAGAACUGAUACGAACAAAGGCUCUUUCGGUUAGGAUGGGCAGAUCGGCAGGUGAAACGCUCUAAUGGGAGUGGCAGAGAGGCCAAGAGACCUCAAGAUACAGGGGUGAGAUCUUAGAAUCAGGGAAAAUUCAUCUCUAAGAUCAAGGAUACCUCAGGGGUGUGCAUUUUCAUUUUCAGUCUGUCCUGUGGAGAUCUAGCAAAAAAGAUUGCGAAGCCAGAAUGUUGUGGAGUAGAAUAAAAAUCCAAAGCUAGACAGGACAGUGUCCAAACAGCUGCUGCCAUUCCCAAUCUAAGUCAGGUUCAUAUGUAUCAUAUUAUAAACCAUUGCCUUCCAGAAUGUCAGCCAUGCACUUUUUUUAUUUGUCAAGACAACGCCUUCCUUAAAAGGAAGUUGAGUGAACCCGUUGCGAGUGGCUUCAUCAAGCAAAAAUGAGCAAUGCCAGUAUAGAAGUGCCAGGUCACUGAAGUGGUGCUUCCUUCCAAAGCUUUUAACACACCCUUGGAAACAAAGCUUAACAGACCUCCUAGUGAGGAUGGGCUAAUUAGAAGACCUAAUAGUUCACACUGCUGCUCUUCACAGAUCAUCACAGCAGGUAUUCGUUUUUAUAUUUUAAUUGUUGAAGGUGGUCAUAUCCACACACCAUUAACAUGCCAAAACAUUUGAUUCCAAGGUAUUUGGUGACUUUAUUAAUGAUUGUCAAGGGAAUUCUAGGAUAGUAGCCAGUAGUCUGUUAUAAAAUGUAACAUGAGAAUCAAAUGAAAUGUGUAGUAUUUAUGUUCAUUGACCUCUAAAAUCAGAUUGGGCUCUGUGGUCUUUCACUGAUACUACAAUGACUAAAUGCAUUCGAUAUUUAACUAAGAGCAAAUUUGCAGUGUGCUUCAGGCCUACAGAAGACUUUUGUAUUUUUUCAUUCACUUUUGUUUAAGUACUU